AUGUCCUUCCCACUCCCUGAACAAUUCGCCCAGAUACCUCGCUAUCAACUCCUAUACUCUCAUGCAUCACCCAUCCACCCGCUAAAAUCACUCACACCUGCAACUGGGCACCACCCCAACCAUCCCCAAAUAUCCAUCUUCGCUAAACGCGAAGACCAAUCAUCGCCCCUAGCAUGUUCAGGGAACAAAUACCGCAAGCUGGAAUACAUUGUCCCAGAUAUUCUUUCCGCCGCCCCAAAAUACGGCUACCACGAACAUCAUCCACCGAGGGAAGAAGAUGUUCCCAGCUGCGGCCCUGCAACUAUUCUCGUCACAGAAGGCGCCAUCCAAAGUAAUCACACUGUCCAAGUUGCCACCCUAGCACGCAAGCUAGGACUCAAAGCUCUGGUCCUACUGCACCGCGGUACGGGCGGUGGACUACGCACCGCCCCAGACAAGGAAUCAUUUCUACGCACGGGGAAUGUGCAGGUUAAUCGGCUCUUAGGCGCCGAUGUGCAAGUCUUUGAAGAAGGGGAUCCAAUAGCGGAUGAUGCGAAUCCAGUCUUGGAAAUGCUGCGCCGGCGGGGCGAGAUCCCCUACUGGAUUCCUGGAGGGGCGAGCCUGCAUCCGCUCGGCGGACUCGGGUAUGCGCGUGCGGCGAUAGAGAUUGCAGAGCAAGAACAGACACUUCAGUUGAAGGGAUCAGGAAGGUUUGAUGUGAUCUUUGUGGCGUGUGGGAGUGGGAGUACGCAUGGAGGAUUGAUUGCGGGGUUUAAGUUGCUGGAUAAGAUGGGGGGAUCUUCGGUACCGAGGAAGCUCAUGGGAAUUUUGAAUUCACCUACGAAGCCACGGCCUUAUCAUGAAGAGAGGGUUCUUACGUUUGCGCGGCGCGCAGGGGCAUUCAUUGGGUUGGAUGCGGAGAGGGACAUUGGCAAAGAAGACGUGUGCCUUGAAGAUCGGUUUGUCGGAACGGGGUACGGCAUCCUGGAUACGCAUAGUAGCCUUGCUUUGAAUAAUAUGGCGCAGAUGGAGGGCGUUAUCUUGGAUCCGGUGUAUACUGCCAAGGUUGCUUGGGCAAUGAUGCACUGGGUGCAGGAGAAGGAGGUUAGGGAUUAUGCGGAGCAACAUAGCUUGAAACACGUAAAUGUGCUUUUCAUUCAUACAGGCGGUCAGGCUGCUUUGGGAGCAUAUGCAGAUAGAAUCUGA